CAGAGCUCAAAUAAAUUACUAAUAUUUAGUGUUCAAGGUGGAUCUGUCUUAAAUUCAUUCUAAAGAACUUCUGACUGUUGUUGCUAAAACACAACAUUUGAUGAUAACCACGAAGAACUCUGGACUUUGUCUCUUUCAGGAUCUUUGACUGACAGUAAAACCAUUAAAUGUUUCUGAGUUGCAGUAAAUCUUAUGGAAAAUCCCAGACUGUCCUGGACUCUGGUCCUGAAAUCCCUCCUCCUGAUGACAAAACCUUUGAAAGUUCAGAGUCUGGAAGGGAAACAAGCUGUGAGGAAACCUUCAGCAGAAAGAACUGCAGCUUCUUCAACUGGAACUCUGCAGCAAAAUGAACAGGAAGGAUCUGGAUGAAGAAAGCUUCUGCUGUUCCAUCUGUCUGGAUCUGCUGAAGGAUCCGGUGACUAUUCCCUGUGGACACAGCUACUGCAUGAAGUGUCUUCAAGGAUUGUGGGAUGCAGAGGAGAAAGUCCCCAGCUGUCCUCAGUGCAGGAAGACCUUCACACCGAGGCCUGUUCUGGGGAAAAAUGUCAUGUUAGCAGCUUUAGUGGAGCAGCUGAAGAAGACCGGACUCCAAGCUGCUCCUGCUGGUCUCUGCUAUGCUGGACCUGAAGAUGUGGUCUGUGACGUCUGCACUGGAAGAAAACUGAAAGCCAUCAAGUCCUGCUUGAGCUGUCCGGCCUCUUACUGUGAGGAACACCUUCAGCCUCAUCUGAAAGCAGCUGCAUUGAAGAAACACAAGCUGGUGGAACCCUCCAAGAAGCUGCAGGAGAACAUCUGCUCCCGUCAUGAUGAGGUGAUGAAGAUGUUCUGUCGCACUGAUCAGAAGAGCAUCUGUUAUCUCUGCUCUGUGGAAGAACACAGAGGCCACGACACAGUCUCAGCUGCAGCAGAAAGGACUGAGAAGAAGAGAGAGCUGGAGGAGAGUCAGCAACAAAUCCAGCAGAGAAUCCAGGACAGAGAGAAGGAGGUGAAGCUGCUUCAACGGGAGGUGGAGGCCAUCAAUCACUCUGCUGAUCAAACAGUGAAGGACAGUGAGAAGAUCUUCACUCAGAUGAUCCGUCUCCUCCAGAAAAGAAGCCGUGAUGUGGAGCAGCAGAUCAGAUCCCAGCAGCAAACUGAAGUGAGGCGAGUCAAAGGUCUUCAGGAGGAGCUGGAGCAGGACAUGGCUGAGCUGAAGAGGAGAGACGCUGAGCUGAAGCAGCUCUGGCUCACAGAGGAUCACAGCCACUUUCUGCUCAACUACCCCUCACUGCCCCCACUCAGUGAGUCCACCCCCUCAGCCAGCAUCCAUGUCCGUCCUCUGACAUACUUUGAGGAUGUGACAGCAGCUGUGUCAGAGCUCAGAGACGAACUGCAGGACAUUCUGAGAGAGGAAUGGACAAACAUCUCACUGACAGUCUCUCAUGUGGACGUUUUACUGUCAGAACCAGAACCAGAACCAAAGAGCAGAGCUGACUUCCUCAGAUAUUCACGUCAAAUCACACUGGAUCCAAACACAGCACACAGACAUCUGUUACUGUCAGAGGAGAACAGAAAGGUGACAGCGAUGGAAGAACCUCAGUCUGAUUCUGAUCAUCCAGACAGAUUUACUGAUUGGUUUCAGGUUCUGAGUAGAGAGAGUCUGACUGGACGUUGUUACUGGGAGGUAGAGAGGAGAGGAGAAUAUGUUGGUGUAGCAGUCGCAUACAAGAACAUCAGCAGAUCUGGAAGUGAAAGUGGAUUUGGUUUAAAUGAUAAGUCUUGGUCAUUAUAUUGUCAGCCAGACUUGUUCUCAUUUGUCCACAACAACAUAAGAACCUCCAUCUCAGCUCGUGUUCCCUCCAGAGUAGGAGUGUACCUGGAUCACAGAGCAGGUGUUCUGUCCUUCUACAGCGUCUCUGAAAGCAUGACUCUCCUCCACAGAGUCCAGACCACUUUCACUCAGACGCUCCAUGCUGGACUGAUUGUUGGUUAUGUUGGAGACACAGCAGAGUUGUGUAAAGUGAAGUAGUUCCUGAAACAAGUGAAAUGUUUGUUUUCAGUGAUUUCUCUGCUUUGGAUCAUCUAGAACUAAACGUUUGAACUGUUCAGAUUCUGUGGAGUCAUGUUUGGAGUCAGAAAUGGAGAGAAAUGAAAAUCUCUAGAAUGUGGAUUGGAGACAUUUUGGAACAUGAAUGUCAAACUUUUGGGAGUCCAAUCUGUUUUCUGGUGGUUUCUUUGAACUUUGGGAUUCCAAUGUUUUUGUGUUGUUGUCAUGGGAACUGAAGGAAGCUGCAACACAAAUGGAAUCAGUGAGGUCACCAUCCCAGACUUUCUCUGGUUUGUUCUCCACAGAAACACCAAGAGAAGAAGCUGAAGGAGAAGAUUGUGUUUGUGGAAAGAAGAACAUUUACAACUUUGUGUUCUUCCUGCUUCAUUUGACAACUUUGGAUUGUAGAUUUGUGUUUUCAUGUCUCUGUUUCUGAUCAUGUGAUGACAAUAAAAACCUCCUGAUUCUUUGGUCUCCA